AUGGGGUUACUUGAUUUGAAGAACGCCCUCAAGAAGAUUGAUGAUUCUAUCAAAAAAAAGGCUGAUCCUCCACAAGUACCGCCCAAAAGAGCUGAACUCAAACAAUCUCGUCAACAACAACCAUUUUCCACUGGAAAGUCCAACGAAAGGAGCACCUCGUUUAACAUCGAUGAUAUCUUUGAUGACUCCAUUGCUGACGGAGAGCCUCCUGUUAUUUUCAAAAGAACUAAGCACCGUGUUGUACCUCAAGGCUGCGCCUGUGGAGACGAAGACGAUGCUAUUCAUACCAACAAUUUCUACAACAACUUGACUUUAGAGGACCAGACAUUCCCAGUUUGGACACUUCCUUAUUCCUUGUGGUUCUCUAAGGAUCUGGGUCAGGAUGUGGGACUUGCUUUCAAUCACACUGAAGCUUCUCAAAGGGUGUACGGACCAGAAGCAGACGCAGACCCAGCUCAAUUCUAUUUUAACCCACCCAAGAUCAAGUCGCUUGUUAUCUCUGGGGAAGGAUUUAGAGACUAUCGUACUUCUGUGACAUUGGAGGGUCAUAAUAAGCUUUCGGUUGUCGCUAAAGUUGUGUGGGAAGAAGAUAAGUACAUCUCCGUCCCCUUGGCCCAUGGAAUGGGGUUUGUAACUGCCACCUAUAACAACAUAAAACCAGUGAUAGCUUCUCAAGUGGGUAUUCAAGAAUUUAGCAGAGUCGAAAACGUUGGUAGUCUUUCCAAAUACAAGAUCAAGCUCUUCAACCAAGUUGUCUGGUCAGUAUACAUAGAUGGAGAUGUAAUUUUGCAAUUGGAAGAUCCUAACCAUAUUAAAGGGGACAAAGUCACGAAUGCCACAAUUCAAUUUGCUCGUGGUGAAUCUCUUGCUUAUGAUGACACUGCUGGUACCUAUCCAGUAGGUGUCAAUUUACUCGGAAACGUGCACGGUGAAAAGGCACAGUACUCCUUUGAGUACAAAAUGCAAGGUUGCUCGAGGUCGGGCUCAGGGCUCGUCUGGUGUUUGCCUCAUCAUCAGGAGGCAUUAGUAUCUACACUUCAAAACAAGUAUUCACAGUUGGAAUUGGACUCGCCUACCAAAGGAGUGAUGAGAGCCUACGUCACCAAUGUAUUGACAAUGGAAGAACAAUUACCACUUGGUAUAAACUGGGACCCAUGGGCAUCGUUUUCAACAGACACACCUUCAUACUCCCCAAUUGUAAAGGAUUUGAUUAAAGCGGCUGCCAUAGAAGAAAUAAAGCAAGAUGUGGUGGGUAUGGCAAAUAUUGAUUCAAUGUAUACUUCGGGAAAAAUCUUGGAUAAAUUUGCUUACAUUGCAUAUGUUUGUAAAUUUAUAUUGGAGGAUGACGAAUUAACUGCUAGAAUCCUUCCUAGGGUUAAGGAAGCUGUCGAAUUGUUUGCGAAUAACAGGCAGAAGUACCCGUUGGUUUACGAUACUACAUGGAAGGGUUUGAUUUCUUCUGCAGAUCCGGCAGCAGAUUUCGGCAACUCCAACUACAACGAUCACCACUUCCAUUACGGUUAUCAUAUCCAUGCAAUAGCCCUUGUUGCAAAGAUCGAUAGUCAGUGGUUGACGUCAAAUAAUAAUUUGGUUCUUAACUAUGCUAACACUUUAUUAAGAGAUACCGCUAACCCCAAAAAGGAUAAAUAUUUCCCCCAGUUUAGAUCAUUUGACUGGUUCCAUGGACACUCUUUUGCCCAUGGGAUUUUUGCUUCAGGAGAUGGUAAAGAUGAAGAGUCUUCUUCUGAAGACUAUCACUUUGUUUAUGGGAUGAAAUUGUAUGCCAAGGUGGUUGGUAACGACAAGAUGGAAAGUAGGGCCAACCUCAUGUUGGCAAUCAUGAGACGAGCUAUGAAUAUGUACAUGUUGUACUCUGAUGAUAAUAAGAUACAACCCAAAAACUUUAUUAGAAACAAAGUUGCUGGUAUCUCCUUUGAAAACAAAAUUGAUUUUGCUACAUAUUUUGGUAGAGGAACAAUUGCAGAUGAAUGGAUUCAUGGAAUUCACAUGCUCCCUAUUACUCCAAUAUCCUCUUAUAUACGACAAGAACAAUUUGUUAGAGAAGAGUGGGAUCAGAAAUUGGCAAAAAUCAUUGACAGAAUCCCUGACGGUUGGAAAGGUAUUUUGAUGCUUAACCUUGCCCUCUUCAAUCCAAAGAAAGCUUGGAACUGGUUUGCCAGAAAUGAUUGGGACGAUAGGCUAAUUGAUAAUGGCAUGUCAAGAACGUGGUCAUUGGCGUAUAUAGCAGGUAUUGGAGGUGCUGAUUAG